AUGGUCAAGACAUACUUGGUUUUUAUGGUGCAAGUGCAUCUAAACUUCAGACUUGCAGAACUGGAAUCGCUGGCAGACCUGUACGGGAUCAAGACUGUGGAUUUCACAAAAUACGACCGUGAGUCGCCAUUCUUCAUUGUUGAGCUGGAAAACGAUCAACAGGCGAGAGACUGGAUCUCCCGAUCUAUUUUGACACGAGCCAUAUACGAAUACUGGGGCCAAGGCAAAAGUUACGAAGAGCUGCAUGCUAGCGUGCAGCAUAAUCCCUGUUUUCUUCAAUACAAACAAGACUAUCGUAACUCGUCGUUCAAAUUCGAGUUCGACAAUUUCGGCGGCAGUUCCGGCGGCAAGCUCGACCGUGUGGCCUGCAUCGAGUCUUUCAAGUACCUCGACUUCCAGGGUCCCAUCCGUAUGAAGAAUCCGGAACAGGUUUUCACAAUUAUCGAAGAAUACGAGCCUCUUGGCGAUAAUCAGGCGGGCGAAGUACCGUUGCGUCUGUUUUUCGGGCGUGAAGUGCAGCGCAGCGAUCGUCUGCGCGGUGCUCUGGAAAAAUACGACUUAAAAAAGAGACCUUAUAAAGGCACCACCAGUUUCGAAGCGGAGCUUUCGCUUGUGAGUGCCAACAUCGGCCAGGUAAAGCCUGGCACCGUGAUGUACGAUCCCUUUGCCGGAACUGGAUCGUUUCUAAGCGCAGGUGGUCAUUACCAGGCCAUGGUAAUUGGUUCAGACAUUGAUGGCCGCAUGAUCAGAGGGAAGGGUACGCAGACGAUACGAGCCAACUUCAAGAAAUACAACGAUUCGUUACAAUUUAUAGACGUUUUGACCAUGGACUUCACUCAUAAUGCGCUCAGAAGCGAUUUUAUGAUAGACACGAUUCUCUGCGAUCCCCCUUACGGAAUUCGCGAAAGCAUCAAAGUACUAGGUGCUAAGGACCCGGAACGAUUUGUGGGAAAAGAAAAUUUGGAAAUCAAUGGGCAAAAGGCGUACUUGUUGCGGGACUAUAUUCCCACCAAGAAACCCUAUUCAUUGGAUGCCUUGUUGGACGACUUGCUUCAAUUUGCAGCUAAGAGACUACCUUUAGAUGGAAGACUGGCUUUCUGGAUGCCUGUUGCGAAUGACGAAAAUAUUGAAACUAUAAUUCCCCUGCAUUCCAAUCUCGAACUUAAAUAUAAUUGUGUUCAAGAGUUCAACAAAUGGUCUCGUAGACUACUGGUUUACAUCAACAGGGGUUCUAGUUUUAACGGACCCACGAAUGUUGGUAUCGAGAGGUCAAAGGAAAAUUUCAGAGACCGUUACUUCAAUGGGUUUAAUUAA